AUGACAGUGGCAUGGAUCGACUACCAGAAGGCCAAGGACAGACUGAAGAUGAUCAACAUGUCUUCGGAGAAAGUGGCAUAUUCCUCUGUUUUUUUGGAAAAUCGUGUAGCGCAUCCUCCAUCAUUCCCUCAGGAGAUCCCACACCACCCGAAGGCCAAGGCGGAGAGACUGUUGUACGUGCUGAUAACUCUGGCCCUGUGCGGGUUGGCUGUGGAAGCGUGUUUCAUUUACAAUCUGUACGGGCAUUCCAGAGAAACCUUCGAAGAAGUUAGGCUUAGCUCACAUGCAGUUGUAAAACACCAAGAAAAAGAGAAUACACCCACACCAAGACCGAACCCUUUUAUGAAACCUUCAAAGCCACUUGCACAUCUUACAGGCGGAGCUGACUCCUUUCGUAAGGAUGGAAUAAUGAUAUGGGAUGAUCCUACAAUUUAUGAAAUGGUGCAUGUAAAAACAGAGGGAAUGCUGGUUGUACAGAGGGAAGGCUAUUACUUUGUCUACUCAAAGAUCUGCUUUGGUGAAGAUUACUUCAUGUUCACACACUCAGUGGUCAGAGUUAACCAGCGGUACCAAGGAGUAGAGCUGGACCUCUUACGGUCUCGUACAUAUCAGUCCAAAGGACAGAGGAAAACGGGUUUAUCAAACUCCUUCUUGGCCGGGGUGUUUCAUCUUUUCAAGAACGAUGCCAUUUUUGUAAGAGUGUCAAACCAAACUCUGGUGAGACGCUCAGAUUCUUCAGAGAACUUCUUUGGUGCUUACAUGCUUUAA